GACCAACCGGGAGCCGAAGAUUGCGGGGAGCGGAGCGCGUCCUCGCGGGCAGUUGCUGCGGGCGGGAGAGGAGAGCACAGGAAGACGGGGGCUCCGAGCGCGUGCGGACUCGCUCCUUGAGAGGUCCCUGCCUGACGCGACGCCAUGUCCGAGGAGAAGCCCAAGGAAGGAGUGAAAACGGAGAAUGACCAUAUCAAUUUAAAAGUAGCUGGCCAAGAUGGAUCGGUGGUCCAAUUUAAAAUAAAACGGCACACACCACUAAGUAAACUAAUGAAGGCCUAUUGUGAGAGACAGGGUUUGUCAAUGAGACAGAUUAGAUUCAGAUUUGAUGGACAACCAAUUAAUGAAACAGACACACCUGCACAGUUGGAAAUGGAAGAUGAGGAUACUAUUGAUGUGUUUCAACAACAGACGGGUGGCAUGUGCUAAAUAUCCUGUCCUUUUAGGAAGAGGAAUGUAAAAUUUCAGCUCACUUUAUCAUCUGUCCUUGGAUUUGCUAUUAAAUAGUAAACAAAUGAACAUGCCAAUCAUACAGGAAUCUCCUUAUGUUCUGAAGACAUUUAUCCAAAUUCUUUUCCUGUCCCUGAUAUACUGCGUGUGCAAGUUGAAGCUGCAUCUGUGGGAAAUUACUGCAUCAUAAAAAUGGGCCCAGUCAAAAUUAAAUUUUCAAAUAAGUAAAAUACCGGUUGUUGUCUGCUGUCACCUUGUUUCUAUAAAUUGGUGGCCUAAAUACAAGCCUACUGUAAAAGAAGGAUACUUAGUCCUGGCUUUCGUUGUUUGUUUUACUGCUUAAUUAUGUAAUGUAAAUAUUGAAAUAUUUUUCCUUGCAAUAGUAAGUUUCUCCUCAAAACAGGUGGGUUGAGAAAGAAAGGAUUUUACCAUUAAACACAUGUAUUACUUUAAAACUGUUAAUGGGAUAUGCAGAAAGGACAGUACUUUCAGAUACAUGCUUAGUGACAGUUUAAGGUAAUGCAAAUGUACAUGUGCUUUUUCAUAAUAAAAUAGCAUAGAAUAAAACAAUUUUUUUAAAGUAAAGGAAUGUCUCUGAGUUUGUCAGCAGCUGUAGCAUUUGCGUAGGUUAACUUUCACAUCUACUAUUUAACUGUCACAUGUCCAAAGUUGAGCACCAAAGUCUUUGAUAAAAUGUUUAAAGAAUGGACCAGAACCAGAAUCCUCUUAGGAAGCUAUGGUGUUCAACUAAUUUUAAUUGAAUUUGUUUAGGAGAAAUUCUGAACAGAUUGUUCCCAGUGAGAAUCACUCCUUAUUGAUGUAUUAGGCAAUAAAUAAAGUUGUGUACCUUUUUCUGUCAUCUCUCUUGAAAGCUGAACUUUUAACAAUUUCCUUAGCUGCUAUUUUGAAAUCUAUAGGCUGGGAUACAAAGGACCAUGUGCCAUGUUCUAGGAUUUCUGCAGUCUCUUCCUGCUAGAACUCCUCAUGUCUCCUGAAAAGUCGCCUCGUAUAGGAGGCGGACCCUUUGGAGUAUUGUGCAAUACUGGAGGGCUGCAGGAGAGAAAUGUGUCCGGUACCUGUUCCCCAUGUACAUGCAGAGUCUCCUGCUUGUGCAUGGGGCUCUUUGGAUAACCACCAUCAAUUCAUAGAUAUUUUAGUUAUAAUGAGUAAAUUAGGUGUAGUUUUUAAAAAUAUGGUAUCAAUAUAUUUGGGGUCAAGUGUGCAGGAAAAUCUCAGUGUAACAAUACAUUCUUAAAGAGGCUUGCUGUGUCCUACGUCCUCAAAUAUUUUGAGCUUCAAAAUAAUGUUAGUAGUGACAUCUGGCUUGAUAAAAUUUAAUUUGCAGAGAUCCAAAAAUAUAAGGUCAUUCUGUUGACUUUGAGGAGGCUGUUCAUUGCUGCUUGAGAAUGUCACUUUUUAAAAAUCUCUACCCAUCAUGUAUUAGAUUAUCUGCUUGCAAGAAAUCCUGUUGGAAAAAAGUCUUUUCUGUUUCAGCUAUAUGUUGUCUAAGGAGGGAUAUUUUAAAAUCUGUCAUUGUUUAUUCACAAAUUUUUACAUUUAUUGUCCUUUACUACUGUACACAGUAAAUAUAGUUUGUUACUCUGUCUCUUGGUUUAUGCUUGAUGCUGCUGCAUUACAUAUGACUGUACUCAAAGCUAUAUCACUGAAAUGCUGACAACUUAUUCUUAUGUACAUCUUUUAUUAAAGUUCUUUUAUUGAGAGUAA